CGCCCUUCCCCUGCGCUGCACAGGGUGACGCGGGGAUACUCCUGACGCUCUGCUGAAGUAGCCUUGAUUUAAAAAAAAACGCCGCCUCCUCAAGCAGAAACAGGAUUAACGUAAAAUAUGAGAACUCAAGUGACGCAUGGACCGCCGGUGCCGUGCUGACGUAACGCGCGUUGCGCGGGAACUGUCGACAUGGAGACGGCGAAUGGUGCGGAGCCGGGAGCUGGUGAUGGGGAUGGGCGGGAGGCCGAGGCCGAGGCGAGCGGUAGCGGUGGCUCUGCGGCUCGAACAUCGUCCACCGGCGCUGCGUACGAGCUACCCUGGGUUGAGAAGUACAGACCUUUGAAACUGAGUGAAGUAGUGGGGAAUGAAGAAACAGUCAGUCGGCUGGAGGUUUUUGCCAGAGAAGGAAAUGUACCAAACAUCAUUAUUGCAGGUCCACCUGGCACUGGAAAAACAACCAGCAUCUUGUGCUUGGCACGUGCACUUUUGGGUCCUGCACUAAAAGAUGCGGUGCUUGAACUCAACGCUUCAAAUGAUCGAGGUAUCGAUGUGGUGAGAAACAAAAUUAAAAUGUUUGCACAGCAGAAGGUUACGCUACCAAAAGGUCGUCACAAAAUCAUCAUCCUGGAUGAAGCAGACAGUAUGACAGAUGGAGCUCAACAAGCCCUAAGGAGGACAAUGGAGAUUUAUUCUAAAACUACACGGUUUGCACUGGCUUGCAAUGCUUCAGAUAAAAUCAUAGAGCCUAUCCAGUCUCGUUGUGCUGUCCUACGUUAUACAAAGCUUACUGAUGCUCAGGUCCUUGCAAGACUGAUGCAGGUGGUUGAGAAGGAGAAUGUCCAAUAUACAGAUGACGGAUUAGAAGCCAUCAUUUUCACAGCACAAGGAGACAUGAGACAGGCUCUGAACAACUUGCAAUCAACACAUUCGGGAUUUGAGUUUGUGAACAGUGACAAUGUUUUCAAGGUGUGUGAUGAACCUCAUCCUCUCCUGGUGAAAGAGAUGAUUCAGCACUGUGUUAAUGCAAAUAUUGAUGAGGCAUACAAGGUCGUGGCUCAUCUCUGGAAAUUGGGUUAUUCACCCGAGGACAUCAUUGGUAACAUCUUCAGAGUCUGUAAAACUUUCCAAAUGCAGGAGUACCUGAAACUGGAAUUUAUAAAGGAAAUUGGGUAUACUCACAUGAGGAUUGCAGAAGGAGUGAAUUCCUUGUUGCAAAUGGCUGGAUUACUUGCUCGACUUUGUCAGAAGACUGCAGCUCCACCUGCAAGCUGAUCCAUGAGUAAUAACCUUCAGGCUGUUGACGUUUAUAGAAGCUUGUAAAUGAACUGAGUGCACAGACUGACAUUGGAUACAUAUGAGCACUCUUCCUGUAUUCUUGGGUUCUGUAGAUCAAUGUUUGUAGCUUUAUUUGGAACUUUUUAAAAAAUAAAUUCAUGUAAUAAAUGUAACACUCUUGAUAUUUACCAAA